ACCAGCCCGUGAUAUUUCCAAAAUUUCUCCACAGCCAACCAUUCUUCCAUUAUCCCUUGCGUUGGACGCCACGACACUACUUCAGCCCAUCUCACUCACCGACAAAAGUCGUAAUUAUUUUUACAUCAUUACGCGCAUGUUUCCGAUUUGAGGCGGAUCUGAUUCCUAACAUAGCAGAUUCGGGCUCCAUGAUUGGGUGUUGAGGAAAGGCACUUCCCAGAGUUAGCUUCUGCUGCUUACAUCUUAGAACGACCAACUGACUCGUCAUCUCUCAUAAUGAGAUCGUUUCGUGCAUCGAGAGUGCCAAGAUUGGGAAGACCAAGGCCCCAAAUAAGGCCGUAUGCGGUCAAGGUUCCUCCUGGCGAGUGCCAGAAGGAUAUCAAAACUGUGGCUGAGCUUAAAGCUUGGGGCCCAUCGGCCCAUGUGCCUGAUGUCGAAGUUUGCGGAUGGGUCAGAUCAGUGCGGAAGAGCUCAGGGGUACGCUUUGUCGACAUCACCGAUGGAUCGUCCAUGCGACCUGUUCAGGUGGUCGUGGACAAGAAUCUAGCCACGGAUAUGCGUCCAGGUGCAGCUGUCCGCUUAAAAGGAACAUGGGUUGAUGAGAGCAGAAAACAGCCUGCCAUCGGUGGGACAACUCAGGCUUCGAGCAAGGGCGAAAAGUCAACAAGCUCAGAACAGCCAGAGCUUAAGGUCUCAGAGGUGGAGGUUCUCGGAGGCUCUGAUCCUAUGACCUAUCCGAUCCAGAACAAAUAUCAGUCCCCUGAAAGUCUUCGCACUAUCUCACAUCUGCGGCCAAGAACGCCUCUGAACUCAACAAUGCUACGAUUUCGAUCAGAUGCCACCGCCAUACUCACACAAUUCUUCUUCCAUGAGCGAUUUCAGCAAACGCACCCUCCUAUCAUUACUUCCUCUGAUUGCGAGGGCGCUGGAGAAGCAUUUGCUGUCAAAGCAUCUUCUCCUGACGAGUUCUUCCGUGAUCCCAAGUAUCUGACUGUCUCUUCUCAGCUCCAUCUUGAGGCUCUCGCUCAGGCGCUCGGCAACGUCUGGACCUUAUCCCCAACAUUUCGUGCCGAGCAGAGUGAUACGUCGAGACAUCUCAGCGAGUUUUACAUGCUCGAGGCUGAGAUGAGCUUCGUUGAUAAUAUGGAGGAAGUCAUGAACCUAGCACAGCGCAUGCUGAACUCGAUGACCAGUGGGUUGAAGGAGCUGAAUGCUGCAAAGGAGCUUGAGCAGAACCGGGUUGACUCGAAGGAACCUUCCGAGCGCCUGGCAUUUAACGACCUAGUUGACCAGGAACAACUGGAUCGUCGAUGGCGAGGUAUGCUCACCACCAAGACAUGGCCUAGAAUCACGUACAGUGAAGCUCUUGAGAUUCUCAAGCCUAUUGCCGACCAAUUUGAGCACAAGCCUACAUGGGGUUCUGGUCUGCAAUCGGAACAUGAGAAGUACCUCGCUGAGAAGUUAGGUUACGACGAGGCCACGGAUGCAUACGUUCCAAUCUUCAUAACACAGUAUCCGCGGGAUAUCAAGGCAUUCUACAUGCGCCAGUCAUCCUCGUCUCCGGCUUCGGGUCUGACAGUGGACUGUUUUGACCUCCUGGUUCCUCACCUGGGUGAACUGGCUGGCGGCUCUAUGCGUGAGAACCGUCUGCCUCAACUCGAGGAGAACAUGCGGGCCCUUGGUCUAGAAGUUCCCAGCAAGCGCUCCGACAAGGGCAAGGAGCUGGCCUGGUAUCUCGACCUGCGUCGCUGGGGUUGCCCCCCUCACGGUGGCUUCGGACUUGGUUUCGACCGACUUCUAAGCUACCUCACUGGCGUGCCCAACGUCCGUGAUGUCGUCCCUUUUCCACGCCACUACCAUCGAUGCGACUGCUAAGCGCUGAUUCGGAGUUGCACAUCUCCUCUCAUUUUCAUUGCAUCUGCCGCCCAGAUAUGGCCUUCACCGUCUUUCCACGCCCAACAGGACAUUCUCGUUAAUGCCUGCCUACCUUGGAUAGCCCUCCGCCCUCAGAGAUACGUCCAUUUCAGCGAGCAAUUCGAUACUAUGACUUUUUGCCGUGACACGUUGCGCACACCAAAGCAAGCGACACUUGUGUAUCCCGUCAGGGCAAACGGUCACGAGAUAUGCACGGUCUCCUCUUUCCCGUGGAAACAUGCAUGGACCGCGAGUACUGUGUGACACAGCGAUGGGCUCUCAGGGCAUCUCAGCUGUGUGGGCUGGAUACGGUGAGGAGGAGCUCCUGAGUUGACUCGGAUGAGUGCAUGCAGUGUUUGCACGAUCUAGGUUUACUGCGCGUGGCCGACGGGGAGAGCGCUGGAUCUUCCGAUGGCGAGGACGAGGACGAGGGUGGGAUCUGCUAGAGAUCGAGACAAGGAGCUGGGGUCUUUCAGAUCUCUGAUUCAUGUUUAUAUCGUCGUAUCUGGGGGACUGUGUAUCACUCUGUGAUGGAUUGGUCACGACAUGAUAAGCCAAAACUUAGAAAAAGCACAUGGGUUUUUGUUGCUUCUGCUUGAGCUCAACUUGAUCGCGAACACUGGCGAUAGAGCAUGAUGGGGUGUACUAGAUACUACCUCGUUGUUGUCUUUCGGGUUGUCUGUGGUCGUGGAACUAUUGACGGGAGUGAUGUGAUCACUGCUACGUUAAUCUUACCUGCUUGUAAGUCUGGUAAUCUUCGUAGCUUGUAGGCAGCUUACUUUUCAUUCCUGGAGGAACUUUCCUAGUGUGGCCUUGGCAGAUCUUAAUACAGUUGCUGUCUUGUAUGUGCCGUGGCAUGGUGUUCAAACGACUCGUUAUGCCAAGAGACUACAUCGA